AUGUUCGGAGGAACGACUUCAGGAUUUGGAGGUUUUGGAUCUUCCAGUGGUACUAACAAUUCACCAUUUGGGACUGCGGCAAAUAACACUGGGAACUCGCCAUUUGGAGCAAAUACCAGUUCAUCAGGUGGUGGUAUAUUUGGAGGAGCCAAUACUGCAAAUACAAAUACCGGAGCAGGAAGUGCAUUUGGAAACAGAAGUGGAUUUGGGACUUCAGGAAACACGGGUUCAGCUUUUGGAUCAUCAAACACUAGUGGUGGUUUAUUUGGAUCUUCAAACUCUGCACCAUUCAGUAGCAACAAUUCUGCUUUCGGAGCUCCAAGUACGACGGGGACAUCAGCAUUUGGCUCCAAUACUGGCAAUAGUGGAGGCUUGUUUGGAUCUGCCAAUAAAACUGCAUUUGGCACGUCUGGUGGCUUCGGAACGCCGACUAAUACUAAUACAUCACCUUUUGGAGCUGCUACAACGAGUAGUUUCGGAGGGAUUUCUUCAGAUCCAAACGUCAACAAUGGUACGGGGGGAAAGGCUUUUACUCCCUAUACUGAAAAAGAUUCAAGUGGAACUAAUGUGUUCCAAAACAUUUGUUCCAUGCCCGAGUAUAAAAAUUUCUCUUUUGAAGAAUUGAGGCUCAAGGAUUAUGAACAGAAUAGAAAAUUUGGGAACGGUAAUCCUCCCACUUCAUCGGGGGGAGCAUUUGGUGCUCCAAGUGGAGGUUUUAGUUUUGGUGGUAAUACGAAUACGAAUAAUAACAGCAAUACUUCUGCAUUUGGUGCCACCAGUUCAUCACCUUUUGGGGCAAACAACAAUAAUACUUCUUCGGCAUUCGGAGCCAGCAAUACAUCACCCUUUGGCUCUGGUAACACAGGUUCAGCAUUCGGAUCCAAUUCGAACAAUACAUCAGCCUUUGGAGGAGCACAAAAUAAUUUACCUUUCAGUGGAACCAAUGCUAAUACUGGUUCUGCUUUUGGUUCGGGUGGUAGUGCUUUCGGUGGAGGAUCUAAUGCAUUUGGGGCUAAUAAACCAAGUGGGUUUGGAUCAUCAUCGUCUGCUUUCGGAUCAUCCAAUACGGGUGGUGGAUUAUUUGGAUCAAAUAAUUCUAACACUAACACAUCGCCUUUUGGGAAUAAUAAUAAUUCGUUAUUUAACUCGAAUACUGGCUCGAACGCAUUUGGAGCGUCAAAUAACAAUACGUCAGCAUUUGGGAACACAAGCAAUUCGCCAUUUGGUGGCGCGAACAAAUCAAGUAGUCCCUUUGGCACCAGUAACAAUGCUAAUACUGCAUUUGGUUCCACUAAUAAUGCUUCAGGAUUUGGAGGUGGUGGUAGCGGUGGUAUGUUUGGGGGCAACGCAAAUAAUACUAACGUCAAUCCUUUUGGUGCCAAGCCAAAUAGUUUAUCAGGUAACCAGAAUACCUCGUUGGGUGCUGGUCUGAAUUUAAACAGUAAUUCCUCUGGUCUAUUUGGAUCAGGCGGCAAUAACAAUACUAAUACUAAUGCUUCCUCUGGACUUUUUGGUAGUAAACCAUCUGGAAAUACUGGGGGACUCUUUGGAAGCACUCAAAACAAUACUGCUAAUACAGGAGGGCUUUUUGGUGGUGGCUCACAGACCAACAAUAAUGCUUCUGGUGGUUUAUUUGGUGCUAAUAAACCUCAAACAGGAUUAUUUGGUGGUCAAAAUAAUACGUCUGGUGGGUUUGGAUCUACCCAAAAUAACAAUACCUCGGGUGGACUUUUUGGAAACAAGCCGGGAUCAGCACCAACAAGUAGCGGUGGUUUAUUUGGAAAUAAUAAUGCUGGAAAUACGUCUGGUGGAUUGUUUGGCGGCAACAACAACAAUAACAAUAAUAAUACCAAUAAUACUGGCGGGCUAUUUGGAAAUACAGCCAAUAACCCUCCUAAUAAUACAAAUAACGCAUUUUCGAGCGGUACUGGAGGGGGCCUUUUUGGAAACAAGAAUACGACUAACAACCAGCCCUCUGGCGGUUUGUUUGGGUCAUCUAACAACAACGCUCCUAGUGGUAAUACCGGUCUUUUCCUGUCAGGUCUAAAUAAACCUCAGCAAAAUCAGGCCAAUCCUCAACCGUUAGGUAAUAUUAUUUCACAAGAUCCAUAUGGCUCCAAUCAGCUAUUCCAAAGUAUCACUGGAACUCAACAGACUCCUGCAAAUACACCGAUGGCAAUUCCAGUGCAACCAUCAAAAAAUUUGAAGAAACCGGUUACGCUUAGCACCGGUCGCAAGAUUUCACCUUUAUUUUGGCCCUCAGCUUUACCUAAGAAAGAAAACGUUCGUAUUAAAGAUGUUACUAUAACGACAACGAAGUCCAAUAACGUAUUCUCGAAUGAUACAGAUGCUGCUAUAAUUGCAUCCGAUAUAUUCACUCCAAGUUCCAAUUUCAAGAAAUUGGUAUUAGACAAAUCCUACGAUUCACUGUCCCCAUUGUUGACUGAAAAAGAAUCUGAUGUCACUGCACCAAAACAAGUUUCCUUUGCACCAAAAUCAGAAAAUGGUAGUGAUGAAAAUAUCACCUCAACACCAAAACAAUUGGAUUAUUCCAGAGCAGACUCUGACACUCUUAGCGAAGUCGACGAAGAUGGCUACUGGACUUCGCCUCCAUUAUCUCAACUCAAAAGAAAAUCACUCUCCGAAUUGCAUUCCAUACAAAACUUCAAGGUAGGACGUAAGCACUACGGUGUUAUUGAAUUCUUACAGCCUGUUGAUCUAUCAAGUUUUGUCAACCUUGAUGAUAUCGCUGGCAAUCUUAUCGUCUUUGCUUCGAAGUCAUGCAUUGUAUAUCCAGACGAUAACAAACCUCCAGUAGGAGAUGGUCUUAACUUGCCAGCAAGAAUUACUCUCGAAGGAUGUUAUCCUAUUAGCAAAGCUGACAAAUUGCCAAUUUUGGAUCCCAACAGCGAUGUGGUCAAGAAGCAUAUCGACAAGUUGAAGGGCUUACCAGAUAUGACUUUUGAAAAUUAUGAUCCGUCUACUGGUAACUGGACUUUUACAGUGUCUUCAAUGUAG